GUGCGCAGCUGCGGCAGCGGCAGCGGCAAAAAAUAUCAUAAUAAUGUUGGCGGAUGGCCGGUAUUAAGAAUUUGCGCGUUUAGGCCGCAGAGAAGCAGGCGGUGAGUCACUCUUUCUGACGGGUAUUUUGAUUAGGGAGGUUCAGAACCGUGUGCGGAUAGCUUCGGGCUCGCAGCGGCCUGUGGGAGUUGGCUGGGUAGGUCGGGGCCUGCCGAGCGGGCGGCCUGACCACCGGCGCCAUGUUUGCUGUUGUCGCUUCGCAUAGAAGAACUGGACGGACGGCGAGAUUCAAGGCGAGGCCUCUGGGCGGGCCGGCCACUUAUUAAUUAGCACUUCAUUCGCUUUAUUGUGCCAUCUGUCAUGUCGUGGUCCCCUCCCCGAGACUUUUUUUUUCCCUGAUCACAGUCAGUUCGGAUGGAUUUUUCGUUGUUGUGGCGAAGAUUAUUUAUCGGAAGCCGCCCGCUGCCAGCAGAAAAUAGAAGGGCAAAGAAAGAGCUCAGGGAUGGGCGAUUCGAGAUCGGUCCCCCACUCUUUACAGGCGCCUGUGGUGUACCAGGCGAGCAGCAGCUGUUUCCUAACAUCGCUGGCUCUUAAAAAAAAUAUACGCACACGCUUUACUCAACUGUUUACCACAACCUAAUGCAACUUACAUGAUACAAAAGGAGCAACACACGAGUGAGGCAUCAGAAUGGCAGAACUAUUCAUGGAAUGUGAAGAAGAAGAACUGGAGCCUUGGCAAAAAGGGAAGAAAGAUGAUGAAGAUGAUGAUGAUGAUGAGCCCAUUUUUGUCGGAGAGAUAACAAGCUCCAAAAGCUCCAUUUACCCAAGUAAUAAAACAGAAGGCACUACAUUUAAUUUGACCCAGCAAGGAGGAAUGCAGAAUGGACUUAGCAGAGGCAUGAUGGUCUCCUUUAGCAGUGUAGGUGCGUCAUCCACAAACCAAUCAAUCAACCAUCAGACUGCUCCAUUAAAUUCGAGCGCAAUGGGUGUGUAUCAGCCAGGAUCACAAACUAUGCCUGCUUCGGUACCAACACAGCCUAUUGUCACAACACAGGGUUUUGCUGCUAAUGAUGUGGAUCCACCAACAACUGUGUCUCAGAGUUCAGGUGGAGUAGGAUACAAUGCAAGACAGAACCCAAGUCUAAGUCGCUAUCAAAACAGACCAACUGUUCCUGUGCUUUCCGCAAAUGCAGCCCAGAGCACGAAUGUCAGUAACAAGCGUCCAGCAAUCUGUGAGACAAACAAUAUUACUUCAAAGAAAUCAAAAUGCAUUGAAGCUGGAUCUGGGAGCAGUCCGUCAAUCUUGUCACCAUCUUCAACCACUUGUUCUGUAGUGGUGUCCUCAUUUAACAGUGCGUCAAAAGGACCGCAAAGUAAUAUUAAAAAUGGUGUACCAGUCCCAAGGGCUUGUCCAAAGUGCAACAUUCACUUCAAUGUCCUGGAUUCUUUGCGGCAGCAUAUGGUUUUCUGUUGUCCAGAUCUGGUGUCCAGCUAUUGUUCUGUGCAAUCAUCCGAACAACCGGCAAACAAAGUGUUGGAGAUUGAUAAAGGGAAACUUAUUAUGUUGGUCAAUGACUUUUACUAUGGAAAAGAUGAUGGCAAUGCCCACCUAAAUCAACAAGAUCAGAAGACCAAUACAACUUUCAAAUGCUACAGCUGUCUAAAGAUCCUUAAGAAUAAUAUAAGGUUUAUGAAUCACAUGAAGCAUCACAUGGAGUUAGAGAAGCAGAGCAGCGAGAGCUGGGAAAACCACACUACCUGUCAACAUUGUCAUCGUCAGUUCCCCACACCCUUUCAGCUACAGUGCCACAUUGAAACUGCUCACAGUCCAUAUGAGUCAACAAGUUGCCUUCUAGCAAUUUGCAAAAUUUGCGAGUUGUCCUAUGAAUCUGAGCAAGUACUUCUGCAACAUAUGAAAGACAAUCAUAAACCAGGGGAAAUGCCAUAUGUUUGUCAGGUAUGCAACUAUCGGUCAUCAAUGUAUUCAGAUGUUGAUAACCAUUUCCGCGUUGUUCAUGAAAAUACCAAGCAGUUGCUCUGCCCUUUUUGCCUUAAGGUCAUUAAAAGUGGAAAUGCUUAUGUUCAGCAUUACAUGAGACAUCAGAAAAAAGGAGUCUACCGUUGCAGCAAGUGUAAGCUUCAGUUCUUGACCUGUAAAGAAAAACUGGACCAUAAAACUCAACAUCAUAGGACAUUUCGGAAACCUAUGCAGCUAGAAGGUCUACCUCCUGGAACAAAGGUUACUAUUCGUGCUUCCAUGACACCUUAUCAGGUGGGAUCAUCUCCCAUGCCUUCAACUAACACUGCAACUGCACUCCAGUGCUCAUCAUCUGUAACUAAAUCACAGUUACCAACUAUAAAUCAAGUUAAUACUGGAACAAGUUCAUUAUCAUCACCAUACUUUAAGCAAGAGGAAAAGAAACCAAGUCUCCCCAACAAAAGAAUAACCAAAUCUGCUAACUUGGUACUGCGAUCAUUCAGGGCUGAAUCUGGGGUUCACAAGUGUAUUGAGUGUGACUCAGAAAUUAAAGUAUUUGCCAAUCACUUUUCUACUUAUGCCCAUUGCUCUUAUUGUCGAUUCAGAAGUAGCUGCAACAGAUCUUAUGUGGCUCACUUGAAGAGAUUUCAUACUGUCCCAAGUAAGAAGAAAUUUUUGAUGUUCAGAGAAUUUUCAAACAAAUUGAGAGAUGUCAAACUGGUGUGUACUCACUGUCCAUUUGAAGCUGAUACUACUGGCUCAGAUGCCAUGGCAAAGCAUCUUGUUCGAAAUCAAUACCAUGGCUGUCUUAUUGUUUCAUCGUCCACUGCUUCUUGUGUUGACAGUACGUUCAACAGGGGAAAUGAGGACAUUGCAGUAGCUGAGGAAAUGAAGAAAUCUGAGGAGCAACCAUCUCCCAUUUUGGCUGAUGCAGAAAGUUUGGAAAUUGAUUUAUCUUCUGAUGGAAGUCAACAGAAGACUGAUCAGCCUUUAAAACCUGAGGUUGAGUGUCCAUCUGUGGAAGCUGUGCCUUUAUCAAAUUGUGACAAAUUAAGUGAUCAUGAAGACAAAAUAAGCUUGAUUGAAAAUCUAGAAAGCAAUGAAAGCACUGAGAAACCGACAGAUGGUCUGUCAUCUGAAUUGAGUACAGAGAAGCAAAGCAACACUGAGGAGAUGGUACAAGAUGAUUCCUCUGAUAGAGAACCAGCAGCUUCUAGCACUGCUCAAAGUUUUAAUUCAGUUGAUCAUAAUGUAGACAUAAUACAAGAUGAAUUUAAGGACAGCACUGCUUGUGAUGAAACAAAAGAUUGCGAAACCCUUGAGGAUACCGUGCAGAAGUGUAAACGUACAGGGGAUGAAAAAAACUGUACGCGAGACAAGGGUGAUGAUGCAAGUGUAGAACAGGAUAAGGAUCCCAAAGAAGAUGUUUCUUUUGAACAGUUUUUUAGGAGUAAGGAUGAACCAGAAGCUGUUGGUUCUGAUGCGAGUGAGCAGGGCAGCAUCCAGCUGGAGCCACUCACUCCAUCUGAGGUUUUAGAGCAUGAAGCUACUGAGAUUCUACAGAAGGGGAGUGUGGUGACCUCCACUAAGAAAAAAGGAGCAACUGCUUCUGAGUAUGUAGAGGAAACUACUAAAGAGACCAGUCCUAGCACAAUACUCAUGAGCUCAGAACAUCUAGAAGAAAAUAAGAGCUGAAGUCUUGGGUGGGGCAUUUUACAAUCUUACCGAACUUUGUUGAUACAGACAGAUACACACCAAGCACACACAUACUUGUACUGUUAUAGGCUUUGAUAUUCUUAUCCUGUUCAGACUAGAGUUCACAUUCCUGUCUUUGUCAUAAACAUAGCAUGUGAAUAGAAAGGACUGAAAAUUCUGUAUAAAAUUAAGCACCUUUGUAUAGGUGUAAACUUGCCAGGCUCUUAGCUUACCUAAGUAAACUUUCAGUGAAAGUGGAAUCAUUACAGAUUACAUGAGAUUAUGCCAGUGUGCAGCUGUGCAGAAAAAUCUGACCUCAGUCAUGUACAAAAAGACAUAAUCCUGCUGUUGGUGUAACCCAGUGCAUAUUCUUUUAAUAGUCUUUAGAAGUAGAUCACUUAGGAUGGGUUACAUGGUAAACCAAAGUGCAGUUCAUUUUUUUCAUUUUACUGUAGAAAAUAGGAUACGUUGUAUUAAGUAAUGCUUUCUUUGUAUUGGCAUGUAUGUUUUGUUCAGCAGUUAAUUCUGCUUACCAAGGUAGACAUUAAAAGGCAAGGACUGCAGAAUAUGUAACAGUGAAUUGUUAUAAAAAAACACACUGCAGUACUCUUGUGCCAAGCUAACUGUGUGUAUCAGGAAGAAUAAAGCUGCUUAAAAUUAUACUGAAUAUUUUUUGCUACAUAUUUGGUAAAUAGCUCCAGACAUGUACUUUGCUUGUGACUGACAGUGGCUUGCUUUGUUGUACAAACAGUUUGUGCAGGAGACAAAAACCCUAUUUAAAUAUCAAUUUUAGACUUGACUCUUCAAAUGUGUCUUAAUUUUAUUUUGUUAUCAAGGUUGGUUUAUUUUAGUUAUGAGUACCAGAAGGUGCAUUAUAAUUACCAAAAUUUGGAAGUGCUGUGGGUAUGAGAGAGCACCCUGAUGCUGAUGGCUGUUUAUACCUGUUGAGUGUAUUUUGCUAGAGACUAGUUGGGUAAAGCAGUAUAAAAUAGCAUGUAUCAAAAUAUGAUUGUCUCUUUACAAAUCAAUUAUUUUUUUUCAAUUACUGCUUUAAAUAUUCUUCUCCAAAAAUUUACCGCUCAAACAUUUGUUCCAUCUGUUAACAAACAUAAUUUUUAAUAUCUCAUUACAUAGAAUUGUUUCUUAGACUUGCAGAUUUCAAGCCACAAAGCAAUAUAUAAAUAAUUUAGUCAAAUAAGAUUUCUUAUUGUAAUUGCAUAAUAAACACCUUGAGCAGUUGCACUUUCCACUUCUGAGAAAUAAUUAAUAAAAUGUGAACGUUUCUUAUUUAAGUCCUUUGAUUAAACUGGGGUCUUACAUAUUUUCUAAUAUUAAUAUGCAUUUGAGAUCCCACUUAAAGUGACUGUUGAGUGGCUGUCAUAGUGUUCUGGCUGCCUUAUGACAUGAAAAUGAAUCUUUCAGUUUUUUAAAUUAAAAUAAUAACUCAUAAAUGUGACAAUUUUCUGCAGACUUUCUAACUUAUCUCCCAUGCUGUUUGCCUCAAUGAAUCCUUUCAUCAGGACAGCAGUUACAUCUUACUGGCUUCCCCUCGAUUGCCAUCAAUGCCUUUCUGCAGUUGCAUAGCUGGACAUGUCCUUGUUGAUGUUUUUUUGUAGCUGUCAAGUUUUCUUUCCCAGAAAAUUUAUUAGUAGCUUUUAGUGUGUACUUGUAAAAUUUCAUUAAAGCAGCUUUGGACUUUGAGACCUUAACUGCUGAAAUAUGUAAUUUGAGUCACACAGGUUCAUAAAAAUUCUUUUAGGUAUUGAUUAAUAUAAUUGCAAGUUUAAAUCUCUUGCAGUAUGUUUUUAUAGAACGUCUUUAUACAAACAUUGUAUGGUAAACUGUAAUGCCCAGUUCUGAUAAAUCAUUGUGCUUUUAGUUUUUGAAGUCUGUGUUGAAAAAUAUCAGCCCAAUUCAAAAUGGGAGAUCUCUCACUAAUGUGUAAAAUCUGGCUUAGUUGAUGCUAAAUACUUAUGGUUUAGACUUAUCUGCAGGCAUUUCAAACUGGUGAAUGCAAUAAGGGCAAUGUUUCCAUGUCAUUUGUACCAGGCUCCUUCAAAACGGUUAAGUUUAUCUUGUAUUUUAAAAAAAUACACAACCUAGUGACUGUAGCAUCAGAGGUACUCAACUGUGUUUUUAAUCCAUGUGGACACUAUUCAAGAAUUGUUUGACAGUAGCUGCCUUCCAGAUCUUUGGGGUUUAGCAAAUGCAGUCUACCUUGUUGGGGAAAUGAGAACUGAAAUGCAGCCCAAUCUAAUAUAAUUUCCUUUACACAGUUAAUUUAUAGUGAUGUUGUAAAUACUUUUGUUAUGUGUUUUAAAAUUAUUAAUUUAGAAAUUGUUAGUACUUUACUUUAAGAAUAAUCUCCAUAUUUGUAUGUUGGAGUUACGUUGAUCUUUUAUUGCUGUUAUACGUCCAAAGUGUAAAUUUGCUUGUUCCACUCCAGGAUACUUGCACCUGAGUCCGUGAUAUAUUCAUGAAUGUAGGGUAUAAAAAGCAACUGUAAACAAAGCAAUGUGCAACUGAAUAAACAUUAUAUGAUGCUAUGCUUGCAAAUCUUGGCCAAUGGACAGAGGAGGCAAAUUUACAUUAUUGGACUAAACUACACUUGUCAGAACAGUUUGGACCUCUGAACUACAUAAAAUUAAUAACGGUGGUGCAAAGGCUUUUCUUAUAACUUUGUGUGACUUUUUAAUGCUGGUUAACUUGGAAAAAGAAAUAGGUUUCAUUGCUGCCAUUGCCACUUUUAGUUCUGGAACUGAAUUGACUCCUAUUCCGAGUAAGGUUACUGGACGCAGGGAGGGGUGGAAAUAAUGGUUUAUAUACUUUUCUUCUUGUAGAAGUUAAAUGUAAUUUUAAUGCCAGUGCCUGCAAGCUCAAAUAAAGAAAUUGCAUCUAAUGA